AGCAGAUAGUUGCUGUCCUGAAAAAGGAACAUGUGAAUGUUACAAAAACAGAGGUUUCUGAAGUUCCUAAAGUGAAAGCCAAACCAGGACCUGCAACGAAGGUGGCAGCUCCUAAGGAAACCAAGAAGGAACCAAAACAAAAACUCAAACCUAAACCUUUAAAACCAGAAGUUUCAAAAGAAAAGGCAAAAGCAGCUCCUGCUGAGAAAGAACAAGAGGGCCCUCCCAGAAAUGCCUCUCUUGUGAAAGGGAGAGUCAAAAUAGUUCCUAUGAAAAAAGCAGCUGAGGUUUCAAAACAGAAGCCUAAACCAGUUCUAACAAAGAGAGAACCUGCUCCACUCAAGAAAAAAACAACUCCAUUAGUGAAAGAGGCAGAAAUACCACACAAAAAUGUCUCACUAACAAAAGAAAAGGUCAAGGUUGUGCCACUGAAGAGAGUGCCUGUAACUCCAAAAGAGAAAGUCAAACCAGCACCAACGAAAAAAGCUGAGGCUCUCAGGGAGAAGAAGGCCGAGCCAGUGACUCCCACAAAAGAACCUGAGGCCAAGACAGAUCUUGCCAAAAAAGCACCUGAGGUUACAAAGGAGAAACCCAAGCCAUCUCUUGAAAAGAAAGAACUGGAGACUCCUAAAGAAAAAGACAAAAUUGCUGCACUGAAGAAAGAAGAGCUGCCCUACUUCCAGUGUUUCUUUGUGGAUGAGGACGAGGCUCAAUUUCCGUUCUAUGCCUUCUCACCGCUGCAGAUUUGA